AGAGGAGGUCACAUGACCGGGGGAAGGCUGAGAGGAGGGGGGCGGUCAGGUGACCGGGGGAGGCAGAAACUCUGUGGUGCAGUUUUCGGGAGGCUGCGGCCGGUGAUGUGACCGGGAACUAUCUCAGCUCUGCCGUGUGGUGUAGAGGAGCAGGUGGCGCCGUUCUGUCCCUGAGGUUUGAUGGGUAACUUCACCAUAGACGAUGCCUUUGAGAUGUCUGCUGAGGAGACCGGACCCAGAUUCGGGGCUCUACACUUCGGUGGGGACAAUGAGGCUCAACAGAAUCGGCACAAGUACAAGAACUUGGAGAACGAUGAAGAGACAGACGUGAAAAUUACAGAUGGAGAAAGGGGUCUCCCGACGCUUUCUUCUCGCAGCUCCCAGUGUUCGUUCAGUACGAUCAGUAACAGCACCCAGUUAUCCUCACAGGGAUUCUUCAGCUGGACCAGACACCCCCUUGUACAGAAGAAUAAGAAGGUGGUCCUCUCCUCCUUCCUUCUCCUGUUCCUCGGUCUUGUGUUUGUGUUUGUCGGUGUGGGACUCCAGGUCAGCCCGUCACCAGCCGUCUCCAGCGCCAUCUUCUUUGUGCCUGGUCUACUACUGUUGAUCCCAGGAGUUUACCAUGUGAUAUUUAUAUAUUGCGCUGUGAAGGGCCGACACGGUUUCCAGUUUUUCUACCUCCCGUACUUUGACAAGUGAUUCGCCCGGAGACUUCUGACCUUCUACACACUGAAUGCCAAAACACUAAGGAAACCACUACGGACUCUCAGGGCACUGGGGACGAACCACUAGAGGCGGCCACCAUGGAAGGAUCGGGGGAGGGGGGGGAAUCAUUAACCUCUGACAUUUCUGUGACACAUUUUCAGAAUUCUGCUUUUUUUAAUUUAAUGAAAUGCAUAUUUUUUACAUUGUAAAUGUUUAAUGGAUUUAUAAAGACGUGGAAAGAUUUUACUAGAAAAUCGUAUACGCACUUUAAUAGGACGCACAGUCUUCUCCCAUGCCCCCCCUCCUCCCUCAGGAUCGUCCGCAGCUUUCGGGUCCAUCCGGACGAACUUCGUCGCUUAUCUGGAGGACAACAUCAUGACGAACUCUGAAAGACACAAUGGAGGACGAUGUGAGGGCGAGUUCAUUAUUAUGGGUCACACGGCUUGUCCUGGACUACAAUUAACUACAACUCCCAUCAUUCCCUGCCCAAACAGUUGCACCAUUUUAAUAUCCUCAUUUAAUCCAAUGUUUCCCAACCAGGAUGCCUCCAGCUGUUGCAAAACUACAAUUCCCAGCUUGCCUGGACAGCCGAUGGCUGUCCAGGCAUGCUGGGAAUUGUAGUUUUGCAACAGCUGGAGGCACCCCAGUUGGGAAACAAUUAUAUAAUCAUUUGCAAUACUACAACUCCCAAUAUACUCUGGCUACCGUCAGAUGAUGGGAGUUGUAGUUUUGCAAGAAAAGGUUUUGCCUCUUUUCACCUCCCGUCCGGUUUUGCAGCAGUGACUUGAAUAUGGACGAGCUGCAAUACCCGAUAGUGACCAUGGACAGGGGGGGCGCUGUUUCUAGACUAAAAUUUUACUCUUUAUUGCAAUAUUGCACAAACCAUUUAUAAAACCUGUUCAAUGCGUGGAAAUACAAAACAGAUCCGCGACAUGAUGCUGCGCUGGAGCUGCAUACGAAUCACGAGCGGAUUGAGGGAGACGCAGAUCCUGACCGCUGAAUGUCACAAAAGGUCAACGCUUUUACUUGUUUUAUUUUUUAAUAAAGAAAACAAAAAAUGA